ACUGAACGAAGUGCGUGUAGGACCGAAAGGCACACCAAGCGAAGGCAGGAUGUGGUAAAGGGAUUAAGUAGAGCUGGAAACUGGUCGAAAGACGCCAUGCACUCCACGGGUCUGGAAUUCUGAAUUCAGUAUUAUCCUAUGAAUGUCGCAGACAGAAAAGAGUGGAAAUGAGUAACAAUGGAGUGCAAGAUGCAGGGUCCAAGCUAGGUUCCGCAGGGCAGGUCAAGGAAAAUGGACCGGAUAAACCCAACAGUCCAAAUGGCACCAAUACAAACCCAAUCACUCCGGUGGAUCCCGAUGAUGAGCCACAAUCAGCCAUUACGGAUGUCACUCAGAUGUUGAUGAAACUUGCAAAGACUUUCAUCGUUAUUUUUCCCAUUUAUGUUUUGGGAUAUUUUGAGUUCAGCUUUAGCUGGAUUCUUGUUGGACUUGCCACUUUUUUCUGGUACAGAAGACACCAUGGAAAUAAGAGCACGAGACUUAACCGAGUCUUGGCGUUUUUGGUGCAUGAAGAAAAAACAGUGAGGCAAAGUUUGCCUACUUCCGAGUUGCCACCCUGGGUCCAUUUCCCAGACGUUGAGAGAGUGGAAUGGCUCAACAAGACCGUGAAGCAGAUGUGGCCGUACAUCUGUCAGUUUGUGGACAAGCUUUUCCGGGAGACCAUCGAGCCGGCAGUGAAGGGGGCUAACCCUCACCUUAGCACCUUCAGCUUCACCAAGAUAGACAUGGGGGACAAGCCUUUAAGGGUGAACGGGGUGAAGGUGUACAGUGAGAACGUGGACAAACGUCAGAUCAUCAUGGACCUGCAGAUAAGCUUUGUCGGGAAUACGGAAAUAGAUGUGGACAUCAAAAAAUACUACUGCCGAGCGGGCAUAAAGAGCAUACAGCUUCAGGGGACGCUGCGUGUCGUCAUGGAGCCUCUUCUGGGGGACAUGCCGCUGAUUGGAGCGCUGUCGGUCUUCUUCCUGCAGAAGCCUUUUCUGGACAUCAAUUGGACAGGCCUCACAAACAUUCUGGACAUUCCAGGGUUGAAUGGUCUGUGUGACAACCUCAUUCAGGACAUCAUCAACAGCUACCUGGUCCUGCCCAACCGUAUCACCAUUCCUCUGGUGGGAGACUCCCAGCUGGCUCAGCUACGCUUCCCCAUUCCUAAGGGCGUCCUGAGGAUUCACUUCCUUGAGGCUCAGGAACUGAUUGGCAAGGACAAGUUCCUGGGAGGGCUGAUCAAGGGCAAGUCUGACCCAUAUGGGAUCAUCCAGAUUGGCAAACAGCUCUUCCAGAGCAAGGUCAUCAAAGAGAACGUCAACCCCAAAUGGAAUGAAGUCUACGAGGCUUUGGUGUAUGAUAACUCAGGGCCCCACCUGGACAUCGAGCUGUUUGACGAGGACACAGACAAGGAUGACUUCCUGGGCAGUUUAAUGAUUGAUAUCUCAGAGCUUCAGAAAGAACAGAAGGUGGAUGAGUGGUUUGUUCUGGAGGAGGUGGCUUCGGGGAAGUUGCAUUUGAGGAUGGAGUGGCUGUCUCUGCUCUCAACUCCUGAAAAGCUGGAUCAGGUGUUGUCCAGUGUCAAGGCUGACCGAGGCCUGGCCAAUGACGGCCUCUCGUCUGCUCUGCUGGUGGUCUUCCUGGACUCAGCCAGGAGCCUUCCGAGUGUCUUCGAGGGGAACGUGGGCUGUGGCUACUUGAAAGAGAGACGGGCAUCUGGCCUAGUCUUUUGUGAGAAUACCGCCUCACUCUAUAGGACGCUAUUUUCUGGUAAGAAAGUGAGCAGCGACCCCAAUCCAUUCGUCCAGUUCACUGUCGGCCACAAAACAUGCGAGAGCAAGACCCGGUUCAAGACUAAUGAGCCAGUGUGGGAGGAGACCUUCACCUUCCUCAUUCACAACCCCAAGAGCCAGGAGCUGGAGGUGGAGGUGAAGGAUGAGAAACACGAGUCCUCGCUGGGGACGUUGAAGGUGCCCCUCACUGAACUCCUGGAGGCGGAGGAGAUGACGAUCAACAAGCGUUUCCCUCUGAAGAACUCUGGGCCCAGCUGCACUCUCAAGAUCAAGAUGGCACUGAAGGUGCUGUGUCUAGAGAAAGCUACCAAGUCCGACCAGACCCCAUCCUCAGUCCAAGUGCGCAAGGCCAGCACCAGCACCCCUGUACCCUCCCAACGCACCUCCGUCUCCGAGCCCCCGCGCUCUGUCUCGGAUCUCCCUCCUUCCAUGGCUGCCUCCUCCCAGGACCUCCCCAGGCGAAGUGGGGGGGACGUGGGGCCUUCUUUCGGCAGCCCAGGGGCAGUGGGUCAGGGUAAAGGUCUGGCAGAGGCUGGCCGAAGCAGCUCCAACCUUGCUAUCUCUGGUUCCCAGCUUUACCUGGCUGGGAAGGAGCCCACCCCUAGCAUCGCCUCGGACAUCUCCAACCCUUACGCCACACAGGAGCUGCAGCAGAGGUUGCGUCAGCUGCAGAAUGGCUCAGGCCCCAGUCAUUUCCCCCUUGGAGAGGUACAGCUCACAGUGAGACACAGCUCUCAGAGGAACAAGCUUGUCGUGGUGUUGCACGCCUGCAGGAACCUGAUAUCGUUCACAGAGAGCGGCUCAGACCCCUAUGUUCGUCUGUAUCUGCUGCCCGACAAACGACGCUCUGGCCGGAGAAAAACUCACACACACAAGAAGUCACUCAACCCAGUUUAUGAUCAGACAUUUGAGUUUAACGUGUCGAUUGUGGAGCUCCACCGGAGGACUCUGGACGUAGCCGUGAAGAACGGAGGACAUCUGCUCUCCAAACACAAGGGACUGCUGGGGAAGGUUCUGGUGGAUUUGACCUCUGACGAUAUUGCUAAGGGUUGGACGCAAUGGUAUGAGCUAAGUGAAGAUGGUUUGAGGAAACCUGCUCAGCUGUAGAUACAAACUGACAGACAAGAUUGAGGAGGUCCUGGCCAGGAGGCGUGGGAGGAGCACUGCUCUUCAGUGGACAGGAGAAGACAGGGAAAUGUGCUAUACUAAGUCUCCUUUUACUUUGCAAUGCUACCAAACAUGUACAGAGAGCGUAACUGCCUUUCCAUUCAGUUACAUUGCGUUUUAGUUUAUUUUUAUGUUUACUAUAAUUAUUCUUAUUUACGUUACUUGCUUUUGUAAAGUGUUUUAUAUUCAUUUAAACACAUCAGUCGCAACAUUAUCAACCCCUUUAAUGAGUUAUUCUGUGCAAAAGAGGAAAAGUAGUACAUAGUAUGUAAGGUAUCUACAGGCAAAUAUAAAAAAAGAGAAUUCCUUCUUCGAAGAUGUUAUGGACUGUAACAAUAUUGUCUUGCUAUCGCAGUUCCAUCAUACAUACUGCCUUAUUCUUUUAGGGAGGACUAUGUACAGUACACAACAUGUAAAUAUGUACAAUGAAGCGGACUAAAAAUAAUGUUUAUAAUAAUAUUAGAAAAAGGUGUUUCGCUUAGUCAAAAUGAUCACCUUCUCAACAAACUUUCCAAUGUCAUAAAUUGAAAUUCCAAGGGAUUCUGAUGUUCCUCUUGCAACUUGUGGAGUUCAUACAAGCCUGUAAUCUCUGUACAUUUGAAAUUAGUCACCAAAGAGAAAAGUAUUUAAUCUAACUGUAUGUGGGUUUUAAGCCAAAUAUGUAUGGAAGUUUGCACACUACUUUGUGUUUUUAAAGUGUUUUUAGGGAUCAUACUUUUAGCGAGAGUAGUUGAAUAAAUACAUUUUACUUAAUUCCAUCUUUUAUUUAACAAAACAUUGGUGUCUUCAGAUCUCUAAACUCAACAGUUGAUAGAGAAACACUGUACUAUGUGGGUAGUCAGUCAUGGCUGUUAUAAAUAAACACCAGUCUUAAUUUAGAUGUUUUUCAUUCAUACACUUUUACCUAGUACACGUUACGGCAUGCACAUUGUGUUCAAGGCUUCUAAUGCUUUUACUCCCCAAGAUCACAGUACACAUCAGACUGUAAGUGUUAAUGUUGUUGGGAAACUGUCAUAUAUGCACUGCUGACACAGGUAUAUAACCUUACAUUUGUUAUCACAUGAAAUGUGCACAUAGUUGUUGGAACAUGUAUGGCUGUUGUCCUAUGUCUUCACUGCAACAACCUACUGUUUCCUGUCAAACCAUACCCACUUUUUUUACUUUGGAAAAAACGCUAUGUGUGACUGUGUAAGCCAUCAAAUGAAAAGUGUGUUUGGAGUUGAGCUCCUUAUCCCAUUUCAAACUGGUCUGUGCUCACUAUGUACUUUAUUUAUCUUGUGCCUUAAUCCACAAUGUCCAGAUAUUUAAAAGGAUAAAAAUGCUUUUACAUGUAUAAGAAUGACAUGUAUUUUAAAUAGUAAUAAAGAGCUUUUACUGCG